AUGAAGGUAUGUGCAAGCGAAUUGCACAAGGGUAAGAUCGAGGCAAAGUACGGCCUCGUGGACUACAUGUUCACCACACGCAAAAUCCUGCAUGAUGUGAAGCUGCAAAACAAGUUCGAGCACGGGGAAAAGGAAGAGAUCGUGAAGGUGGUGCAGGACACCCCGAACUGGUUGGAAAAGCCCAAGGUUGCGGAUGUGGUCGUGUUUGAGGGCAAGCGGACGGAGCUAGACAGCAUUGCUGGCCCCAUCGUUGCGAAGGCCUUCGGGCGCGAGUCUUGCAAAGUAAAGCUUGAGGACGGUGGUGAGGAGAAGCACGACACGGCGGUGCAUGACACCCUCUUCUGGGUGAACAAGCCCCAGCUCGCCGACACUCACGCUUUUCAGGGCAAGCAGGAGAAGCUAGGUGGCAUCGUAAACCCCAUCGUGAUGAAGGCGUACCAGGGCUCUGGCGACGGCGCGAAGCUCGUGAACUGUGCCGAGUCCGUCGAGGGCAACUCCGAGAGCAGCAAGGAGCUGAGGAACCAGGUCCAAGCCCAGGUCCCGCAGACCAAGGAUGCGGUCAUGAACAACACGAUGGUGGGGCGCGUGGCGGAGGGCGACGACCCCGCCAUGACCUUCGCGCCCGCGAUCGUGGCUCCGGACGGCGGCCCGUGGAGCCCUGCCCGCGACGUCCUGCGGGAGAGAG